CACCAGUGUACCUACAGUUCCAUGACAGGCAAGUCGUGUGGAGGUCUGCUGCUUUCCUCCCUGUCUGAGCUAAUCAUGGCUUCGAAGAGUCUGCCGAUCAUCGCGGUGCUGCUGCUGACUCAGACGGUGGUCCGACUGUCCGCCCGCGGCAUCCCGACUCCCAUGGCCACGGGCACCGCCGCUCCCACCGGCGAAAUCAACGGCAUCAGCAUCUUCGCAACCGCCGUCAUGGAGGACGAGCGCAUGACGACACCCUCGGCCCGCCUGUAUGACGAGGAGCCCGCCGUGCGACAGGAGAACAUCUACACCGGCCCCACGCAGGAUAUCCUGGAGGACCUGCUGGAGAACUACUCCAUGGACCUGCGCCCCGGCAUCGGAGGACCGCCGGUGGACAUCGACGUGGGUUUUGCGGUACAAAGCAUCGAUCAGGUUUCCGAGAUCAACAUGGAGUACACCAUGACUAUGUUGCCCUAG